UGGAUUAGUAGAAAAUGUUCAAGGAAAUAUAUUUCGUACAAGAGUUUAUCCAAUACAACCUGGUGGCAAACGAAUAGUACGUGUUAUUUAUCAAGAUCUAGCACAAAUUGAAAAUGAUUAUUUUCUCUUUCAUAUUCCUAUCUACUUUACUAAUAUUCUUGAAAAUUUGGAUAUUUCAUUGAUUUGUGCACAUACAUCAAAUCAUCGUCAGCCAGAAUUUCUUCCAAAUAUUAAAUUUAAUCAACCUUUCAUCAAUUCAAAUGGUAAAUAUUGUUCUGAACUUCAUCUUGUCAAUGUUGAACCAUUACAAGAUGAACAAUCUAUUACAUAUAUGUUAAGAACUUUAGUAGAAGAAGAAGUCAUGUAUGAUGUAGAAAUUGAUCCUGAUGAUCAUAAUCAAGCCUAUUUUGCUCUAUGUUAUAUGCCACCAUUUCCACAAUACAAUAAAAUCAUAGCUACGAAUCAACAAACAAUGUCUAUUUGUAUAUUAUGGGAUGCUAGUUUAAGUCGAGCAAAUAUUGAAAAUCGUAAUUAUGAAAUAAAUAUACUCAAAAAUAUAUUAGAUAUUUGGCAAUCAAAUAAUAUUAAUGUAAAUAUAACUGUAAUUAUAUUUCGAAAUAUAAUUGAAGAACCAAAUAUAUUUCAAAUACAUGAUAAAAAUUAUUGGUCAAAACUUAAUCAAUUAUUAACUAAUCUAUCCUAUGAUGGUGCAACAAAUUUAUUUCAAUUAUCUACAAUUUCAACUAGUAUACCAAAUAUUACACAUUAUUUUUUAUUUAGUGAUUGUCUUUCAACAAUAAGCAAUGAUGAUCCAACAUUGUUGAAUCAAUUGACAACUAAACCAAUAUGGAUAUUUAAUGCAAAUAGUGCACAUGAACCAACAAAUUUUUCAUUGAUUAACUAUUUAACUAAUACUAGUGGUGGUAAUUAUAUUUCACGUGAUAAAAUUAUAGCUCAAAAUAGUGCAAAAAUUAUUAUUGAAUUGAUUGAUAAACCACAAUCUAGAUAUAUUAAUACAGAUAUUAUCAAUGAUACCAAUAUUCAUGAUAUUUAUCCAAGUCAUUCGAUUAUUUUAACAUCAAAUUCAGAAAGAUUUAUACUCGUUGGAAAAAUGUCAUCAGCAAUUUCAGCUAAAAUUUCUAUUAAUUUUUCUAAUUCAAAUCAAAUACAUCGUAAAGAAUUAAUAAUAGAUAAAACAAAUUUGACAUUUGAAAAUUAUGGAUUAUUACGUCGUUUAUAUGCAAAACAAAUGUUAAGUGAAUUAAUAGCAUUUCCAGAAAAAAAUAAACAACAUAUUUUAGAAAUUGGUAUGAAAUAUUCUAUUGUCAAUGAUUUUACAUCUAUACUUGUCUUAGAAACAUUACAACAACAUAUUCAAUAUAAUAUAUGUCCACAUCCAUCACGUAAAACAUUAUACAAUGAUUAUAUAAAAUAUCAACAAAAUAAAACACAACAAGAAUCAAUAAGAAGUCAAACUAAAUUAACAGCUAUUUUAAAUCUAUGGCAAGCGCGUUGCACAUGGUACGAUAAAAAGAUAACAGACGAAGAUCGUACAAAUGCAUUCAAAAGGAAAACUUCUAAUCCACAUGAUGUGGAUGUACAUUUGAUGUCAAGAUCUCAAAAUCGACUAAAUUUUAGAAUGUCUUCGAGGUCUUUUCGAACAGUUGACGAGUCUGCAACUAUAAGUUUGCGGAGUGAACCAGGGAUAUUAUUACGGUUAGAAUCACAGUACUCCGCAUUGAGCAAUAAUGUAGAACUGACUUUCAAUGAUAAAGAACACGGGGAAUGUUUGGACGAUGAUAGAUCUACUAUUGUUCAUCAUAGAAAUACUGCUGCUUAUGGCCAUUCAAUUACUCUUCAAAAUUGGGAUCCACAAACACCUUACAUAGACAAAAUUAAAUCAACUACUAAUUUACAAAAAGCUUAUCAAAUUUAUUUAGAUGAACGUCAAUCAUAUUUAAAAUCACCAUCAUUCUAUUUUGAUAUAGCAUCUUAUUUUUUUUCAAAAGCUCGUUCAUCAAUAUCGAAAUCAUCAUCAUCAUCAAUUGAUAUAUUUAAUAAACAUCAUUCAAUUUCUAUUUUUGGUAUUAAAAUAUUUUCACAUGAUACUCAU